UCCAGAUUCCAUCUACCACCCAACCACUCGACCAGAAAUUUAAGAGCCCAGCAGCCCAUCUAAUCUAACACAUUUUUCACCUUCUUGAAUUCAUAUUCAAUUGCUUCUCCUAGUAGCUAGGAUUUGAGAUCUUCUCUCCUCCGAAGAAGAUAAAAUCCAUGGGAAAUUCCUCUUCUAUGCUGACCCAGUACGACAUUGAAGAAGUCCAACAGCACUGCAAUCAUACCUUUUCGCAGCAGGAGAUAGUUGCACUUUACCAGAGAUUCUGCCAGCUCGAUCGAAAUGGGAUCGGAUUCAUCUCGUCUGAUGAAUUCUUGUCUGUGCCCGAAUUUGCCGUUAAUCCUCUUUCCCAGAGACUAUUAAGGAUGUUGGAGGGUUUGAACUUUAAGGAGUUCGUUGCCUUCUUGUCAGCAUUCAGUUCCCGUGCAAGCUUGCAGCAGAAAGUGGAAUUCAUUUUUAAGGUUUAUGAUACUGCUGGAAAUGGCAAGGUCGCAUUCCAUGAUAUGUUGGACAUUUUGCGAGACUUAACUGGACAAUUUAUAUCAGAACAGCAAAGAGAGCAAGUUCUCACCCGAGUUCUAGAAGAAGCAGGCUACAAUAAGGAUUCUUUUCUGGUACAAUCUGAUUUUAUGAAGAUUCUUGGCAACUCUGGUUUAAGAAUGGAAGUUGAAGUUCCAGUAGAUUGAAGAAUGGUGUUAACAACAAUUAAUGUAUUGUUUGAACAAAGCUGUAUGUACGUGUCUUUUUCCUUGUUAGAACAACGUUUGACUUAGAGAUCAAAGUGUAAUCUUAGCCCUUUCAUUUUCUUUCCUAUUCUAAUUCAUCUUCAUGACAAUUGAUUUCUUCUUUCAGUAAAAUUAUGCUUAAACACCA